AGGCGCUGGUGUCUGUACCACCACCACACCGCUUACACUACUGGCCCAGAGAAGCAAGUGAUAAUGUCUGCCCCGUGCAUGUGCUCUCAUAAUUUCAUUCCUUGAGACACGUCAUUUCGAAAAGGACGGCUAUAUUUUUUUUUUACUCUGGUGUUUGGUGAUAAUGAAGAAAUAAAUUCAAUUUCUGAUCAGUCAACCUCUAAAAUCUAUUCCCAGCCCCACGACCACUACAACCUCAACAACCUCAGAACUUGCAGCUUUGCACUGCCAAAGUUAAAAAAGUGACUUUUUCACAGACGCCAGCCCUGUCCCUCCAGCCCGCCACACAAUAAGACGUUCCACCCCUUGCCCUGGUUUGCUUUAUCAAAUGCCCAAAAACAGCAAGGCCGUCAAGAGAGAGCUUGACGAUGAUGUCACAGAGUCUGUCAAAGACCUGCUUUCCAAUGAGGACGCGUGCGACGAUUCCUUCAAGAAGAGCUCGCUGAUCGUCAACAGCCACGAUGGGGAUGGCAAAGAGUGUGAUGUGGAGGAGGCCGGCUCAGACGGUGAGGAGGAGCGUCCUGCCUGGAACAGCAAGCUCCAGUAUAUCCUGGCCCAGGUGGGCUUCUCUGUAGGCCUGGGUAACGUCUGGAGGUUCCCCUACUUGUGUCAGAAGAAUGGUGGAGGCGCGUACCUGGUGCCCUAUCUCAUCUUACUUGUGGUGAUUGGCAUCCCGCUAUUCUUCCUGGAACUUGCCGUGGGGCAGCGGAUCCGGAGGGGCAGCAUCGGUGUGUGGAACUACAUCAGCCCUCGCCUGGGGGGCAUCGGUUUCGCCAGCUGUGUGGUGUGUUUCUUUGUGGCCCUUUACUAUAAUGUUAUCAUCGGCUGGAGUCUCUUCUACUUCUCCCAGUCCUUCCAGCAACCCCUGCCAUGGCAUGAGUGUCCGCUCAUUAAGAACAAGACCAGUACAUAUGUGGUGCCAGAGUGUGAAAAGAGCUCAGCCACCACGUACUACUGGUACCGAGAGGCCCUGGACAUCUCCAGUAGCAUCUCUGAGAGUGGAGGACUCAACUGGAAGAUGACUGUGUGCCUGCUGGCUGCUUGGUCAGUGGUUUGCCUGGCCAUGAUUAAGGGAAUCCAAUCCUCUGGGAAGGUGAUGUACUUCAGCUCGCUGUUCCCAUAUCUUGUGCUCAUUUGCUUCCUGGUUCGGUCACUCCUCCUCAAGGGCUCCGUGGAUGGGAUAAGACACAUGUUCACACCCAAGCUGGAGAUCAUGCUGGAGGCCAAGGUGUGGCGGGAGGCGGCCACACAGGUCUUCUUUGCUCUUGGCCUCGGCUUCGGCGGUGUAAUUGCCUUCUCUAGCUACAACAAGCGGGAUAACAACUGCCAUUUUGACGCCGUCCUGGUGUCUUUUAUAAACUUUUUCACCUCUGUUUUGGCCACCCUGGUUGUGUUUGCUGUGCUGGGCUUCAAGGCAAACAUCAUGAAUGCCAAGUGUGUUGCACUAAACACCAAGAAGAUUGUGGCAUUGCUGGGACACGAGAUCAGCCAUGACCUGAUCCCACACCACAUCAACUUCAGCCAUGUCAGUGCUGAAGACUACCAGCGGAUGACUGAGAUCAUCAAAGGGGUGACGGAAAGUGAUUACCCACAACUGGGACUAGACUCCUGCAGCAUCGAGGAGGAGCUUAACAAGGCCGUCCAAGGCACUGGUUUAGCCUUCAUAGCCUUCACUGAGGCCAUGACUCAUUUCCCAGCCUCGCCCUUCUGGUCUGUCAUGUUCUUCCUCAUGCUGGUCAACCUGGGCCUUGGAAGCAUGUUUGGCACCAUCGAGGGCAUCCUCACACCGCUAAUAGACACCUUCAAAGUCCGCAAGGAGUUUCUUACAGUGGGAUGUUGCCUGUUGGCCUUUUCCAUUGGUCUCCUUUUUGUUCAGCGCUCAGGGAACUACUUUGUGGCCAUGUUCGAUGACUACUCAGCUACCUUGCCUUUGCUCAUAGUGGUCAUACUAGAGAACGUGGCAAUUGCCUGGGUCUACGGGACUGACAAGUUCUUUGAAGACCUGAAGGACAUGCUUGGUUUCACUCCAUUCCGUUUCUACUACUACAUGUGGAAGUAUGUCACGCCCAUCCUGCUGUUGGUCCUGCUUGGCUCCAGCUUCAUCCAGCUGAUCAUGACCCCGCCCAGCUACAGCGCCUGGAUACAGGACCUGGGUGCAGAGAAGACAUUGAGCUUCCCUCCGUGGGGCAUCGUCGUCUGCAUCUCCCUGGUGGUGAUGGCCAUCUUGCCCGUUCCCGUGGUCUUUGGCUUGCGCUACUUCAACAUCAUCGACGAGGGCUCUGGCGGCCUGUCCACAGUCUCCUACAAGAAGGGCCGCAUAAUUAAGGAGACCGCUCGGCCCGGGGAGGAUGAUGACGCCAGCCUCAUUCAUGCCAAGUCCCCCAGCGAGGCACCCUCGCCCAUGCCUGGCAACAGUAUCUAUCGCAAGCAGAGCGGUGGCGGUGGUCCUGAUGUGGACACUGCACCCAACGGCCGUUAUGGUAUUGGGUAUCUGAUGGCCGACAUGCCGGACAUGCCUGAGUCGGACUUAUAGCCUGACUGCAAGCCCUGUCCCGACGUACUGGUUGGCCAAUCCAUAGGCCCUACCCCUCUGCGUGCAUUUAGUCGUCAGAAUCAUUCAUAUAUACUUUGACUUGUACUGAAUAUUCUUUGUAGAUAUCGUAGCUGCUCUCCUUCUUGUUGUCUCUGAACCCUAUAUAACUGUCUACCUUAAAAGGACGUGUGAGUAUACAUCAUCCUUGUUCUGUUCCAUUGUCUGGCUGCGUCCCAAACUAAUCUCAAGCCCCUUUCCCCCCCCCCCUCUCAUACCCCAAGCUCACUCCUCCUUGUAGAAUAGAAAAGGUGUAGCAAUAAGGUGGACACUCCACCAAGCCUACUUGAUGCAGACUACAGUAGGGUGUCUAGAAGAGAGAGAGGGGGUAAGGAGGGGCAGGGAUCAGCUUUGGACUGGGCCCUUUGUGCAUCUACGGGGAGUAUGAAUUGAAACCCCUUGACAUUCUGCUGUAAAAUGGCUGUGUACAAUAUGACUCCCACUCUCAACUUCUGGCUGAAAAGUGCCGAGAUUAGCAGUGUAGCCGCUUUGGAUGGUGUGUGACGAUGCAAUACUGACUCCCGUUUUCUUGGCAGUACAACCCCCUAGCUGAAACAGCGAAAGGAAAGCACUGAAAACCACUCCCAUGAUUGUUCACGACAAAAAAAAAGUGUGCCUAAAUAAUUUAUGAUAUUUGUUUAUAGAAUACAGGAUGGACGUUUAAUAUUUAAGGUAUUCUGUAAAUACAAUAUAUAAAUAUUAUAAAUAUUUAUCUGAAUAGUUUGGAUAUCAGAACACUGUGUUUAUAUGGUUCAGAAGUGCUUCAAAUCCUUAACGCUGGUCUCUCUUUUUUGUUAACUAAUGUGCUAUCUGUAUACGAGGGCUAAGUCCUCCAUGUAAAUACUUUUUUCCAUGAAAUGGCUGCAAAUGCAAUGUCUUUUAUUUCCCUGUUGAGAUUAAAGAUCAA